ACAUGGCAUCCAUAAGGAAUAUUCGAAAAUCCUCCCCAAAAAACCAACAGUUAUGCAUGUACAUAACUUGUAGGAGAAACAAGACUGAGAUAGGUGAGUUUGGCAGUGGCGUCUGGAGUUUUACAAAGAUGUAAACUAAGACAACUAAAGGAUCAAAUCUGAAGAAUGGUUUAAAUCCAAAAGCAUCAGAAGAGGAAUAUUUUGCUUAAUUCUUUAUUCCUUCAAAUUCAAUAUACCAACGAGGCUACUUGCUUUUUCUUCAAGUAGCCAUCUUCUUUAUCAAUCAUCUAGUUCACAUAAAGAUCAGACCUUUGACCAUUCAUACCGUUUUUGUGUUCCUCCCAAAUUCAAAGCAAUUAUUUUCUCCUUUGUUAAUUACUGUAGAUGGGGGAUUCUUCGGCUAGUUCAAAUAGAGUUAAGCUUCGGGAUGGGAGAUUCUUAGCUUACAGAGAAAGAGGAGUUCCAAAGGAAAAGGCCAAAUACAAGAUCAUUCUUGUUCAUGGCUUUGGAAGCUCCAAAGAUAUGAACUUCUCCGCCUCAAAAGAGCUGAUAGAAGAACUGAAGGUGUACUUGCUAUUCUACGACCGUUCUGGAUAUGGAGAAUCAGAUUCAAACACGAAACGUUCGUUGGAAAGCGAAGUUGAUGACAUAGUAGAACUUGCAGAUCAUCUGCAGUUAGGACCUAAGUUUUAUCUAAUUGGAAUUUCCAUGGGAUCUUACCCUACUUGGGGUUGCCUAAAACAUAUACCGUACAGGCUAUCCGGCGUGGCUUUUGUUGCUCCGGUGGUUAAUUAUCGGUGGCCCUCGCUUCCUAAGAAGCUAAUCAAAAAAGAUUAUAGGAGAGGUAUAAUCAAAUGGGGUUUGAGGAUAUCCAAAUAUGCACCUGGACUGUUACAUUGGUGGGUAAUUCAAAAGCUUUUCCCUUCAACUAGUUCAGUCCUUGAAAGCAAUCCGGUCUACUUCAACAGCCACGACAUAGAAGUGCUCAAGCGAACAACCGGAUUUCCCAUGCUUACUAAGGAUUCGCUACUGGAAAGAAAUGUUUUCGAUACUCUAAGGGACGAUAUCAUGGCUUGUUUCGGGCAAUGGGACUUCGAACCCGCAGACCUAAGCAUUAGUAAAGAGAGCUAUAUUCACAUCUGGCAUGGUAAGGAAGACAAAGUUGUUCCAUUUCAACUUCAAAGAUGCAUUCUGCAGAAACAACCUUUGAUUAACUACCACGAAAUCCCGCAAGGCGGACAUCUGAUCAUACACUAUGAUGGCAUUUGCGAUGCGAUUUUACGCUCACUAUUGCUCGAGGAAGAACAAGAAAAGCUGUAAAAACCAAAUUCUUGAACUCACCAUUU